AUGGAAAAUAAUAAUGAAAACGAAUACGAUGAAUUUUACAUGAUCGAGGAAAUUGAUAUACCUUUUGAAGAAGAAAUUCUACGUAAUCCAUAUACUUUGAAGUCAUGGUUUCGAUAUAUUGACCAUAAAGCAGAGCAACCUAUCCAACAAAGAAUUUUUGUACAUGAACGUGCCUUAAAAGAGUUGCCAGGAUCUUAUAAAAUAUGGAAACAAUACCUAGAUCUGCGAAGAGAACAAGUUCAAGAUUUAAAUCCAGCUAGAUAUGAAAAAGAAUAUUUAAAAGUUAAUAAUUGUUUCGAGAGAGCGCUGGUGUUAUUACAUAAGAUGCCCCGUAUAUGGAUAGAUUAUUGUAAUUUUCUAGUGAAGCAAUGCAGAAUUACGAAAGCACGUAGAACUUUUGAUCGAGCUUUAAAGGCCUUACCAAUUACACAACAUCCAAGGAUAUGGGAGAUUUAUUUAAAGUUCGCAAGAGAUAUAGGUGGAGAAACUGCCAUCCGACUAUAUCGCAGAUAUCUCAAGUUGGAACCGGAUCAUGUAGAAGAAUACAUCGAUUUGUUGCUUUCAUUAAAUCGGUACGAUGAGGCUGCAAAACGACUCGCUCAAGUUGUCAAUAAUGAUCGUUUUCAAUCAAUGCAUGGCAAAUCAAAUUAUCAAUUAUGGAUGGAACUUUGUGAUUUAAUAUGUGAACAUCCGCAUGAAAUCAAAAGUUUGAAAGUAGAACCAAUUAUACGGAGUGGAAUUCGAAGAUUUACAGAUCAAGUGGGAAAAUUAUGGAAUUCACUUGCAAAUUAUUGGAUAAAGUUGCAUCAUUUUGAAAAGGCAAGGGACGUUUUCGAAGAAGGCAUCAGCACUGUAAUGACUGUCAGAGAUUUUACACAAAUAUUUGAUACUUACGCCAAAGCAGAGGAAACUGUCAUUGAAAAAAAAAUGGAAGAGGCAGCGGAACGUGCAGAGGCAGGCCAAGAAGAUCCGGAACAAGAUUUGGAAUUAGAUUUGAGGUUGAUGCGAUUCGAACAAUUGAUGGAUCGUAGACCGUUUUUGGUAAAUGACGUCUUAUUAAGACAGAAUCCAAACAACGUCCAUGAAUGGGAGAAGAGGGUAUCAUUAUGGAAAGAUAACCAUGAAAAGAUUGUUGAAACAUACUCAAAGGCAUUGAGAACCAUAGAUCCUAAGAAGGCAACCGGAAAAUUCCAUGAUUUGUGGGUCAAUUUUGCCAAGUAUUAUGAGAAAGGAGGCGACAUUGAAAAUGCACGUACAAUUUUUGAAAAGGCAACUCAUGUCAAUUUUAAGAAUGUCAACGACUUGGCUACCUUGUGGUGUGAAUAUGCAGAGAUGGAAUUACGGCUUGAAUUAUAUGACAGAGCAAUUGAUGUAAUGGGUCGUGCCACAGUUCCAGCAGGAAAUCCAAAUGUAGAUUUCCGUGAUGAGUCUAUACCAGUCCAGCGACGCGUGUUCAAAUCCAUCAAAUUAUGGUCAUUUUACGUUGACUUAGAAGAAAGUAUAGGAACUGUAGAAUCAACAAAAGCUGUCUAUGACCGAAUACUUGAACUGAAAAUAGCAACACCACAAAUAAUAAUUAAUUAUGCAAAUUUCUUAGAAGAAAAUAAAUAUUACGAAGAAAGCUUUAAAUCUGGUUCGAAACUUGAACGUGCACGAGAUCUUUUUGAGCAAGCUCUUGAGAAAUGUCCUCCAAAAUACGCAAAAUCAUUGUAUCUUAUGUAUGGAAAAUUGGAAGAGGAUUAUGGUUUGGCAAGACAUGCGAUGCGCAUAUAUGAUCGUGCAACUAGAUCAGUAUCUGAUGAAGACCGUUUUGAGAUGUUCAAUUUUUAUAUUGCAAAAGCGGGUGCAAACUUUGGUGUCACGUACACCCGUGAGAUUUAUGAACGUGCGAUCGAAGUAUUGCCUGACAAAGAAGCCAAAGAUAUGUGUUUAAAAUACGCUGAUUUAGAACGCAAGCUAGGAGAAAUUGAUCGGGCAAGAGCUUUGUACGCUCAUGCGUCACAAUUUUGUGAUCCAAGGACAGUGCCAUCAUUCUGGCAGACAUGGCAUGACUUUGAAGUCAAACAUGGAAACGAAGAUACAUUCAAAGAAAUGCUUAGAAUCAAGCGUAGUGUUCAAGCUCAAUAUAACACAGAGGUUAAUUUCAUAUCUGCGCAAAUACUCGCAACUCGUCAAGCUCAACAAGUUUCUCAGCAAGAAAGUGUAUCUUCAAAUACCACAUUAACAUCGGCUCCGAGUGCUAUGCAACUUGCAGAACAAGAAGCUAUCCAAAAUAAAGGAAGUUCACAUACUACUAUUAGAACAAUGACAUUUGUUCCUUCUACGCAAGUGGAUAAAGAAAAUUUAUCCGCACAAACUGAUCCUUCAAAUCCUGAUGAAAUUACCAUGGAUAUGGAUGAUGAGGACCAGUAA